GACGAGCUGAACACGUCACAGACCACGUGAGCAGACGUGAGUGACAUUCAUCGCAGGUGAUUGCAGUUUGCGGUUGUUGAUUAGUGAAUUUUAGGUUAUAUUAUUGCAGCAAGUAUAGAGUAGACCUAAUAUCUGAGGUACUAGACAAUAUCGAACAGGCUCUCGCGUUUGAGGAAGAGGAAAGAGAUAUAAUUAUUUACUAAAACACUGGAAAGGUUAAAGGUUUUUAGAUGGACGCAAAAAUGUCGGGAAGCUGUUCGAAGCAAGAAAGGAUUUCGCAGCUGAGUUCAGCUUUAGUUCUACUGCAAGAGGAGGUCGCUUCACUGCAGCAGCAGGCUGGAGGGGAUAACCCACAUAAUCCAGAAAAGUCUACUAUCAUGAGUGAACAGAAGAUAUCAGAGAAGAUAGGAUUUCUUGGAGCUGGAAAUAUGGCAAAAGCCAUUGCUUUUGGACUAAUAGAAUCAGGUUUGCUGAACAGUCCGUCUCAGAUCCUUGCUACCGCGCCAUCCAUGUCUAAUCUAGAGGAAUGGAAGGAAAAAGGAUGCAAUGUCAGUCACAGAAAUGCCGAUCUAUUAGAACAAGGCACAACAAUAAUAUUUUUGGCUGUGAAACCACAAUACGCUAGAGAAGCAUUGAAGACACUUCUUGAAGCAAAAGAAGCCAAUAAACAAGUAUGUUUGGUUUCAAUAAUGGUUGGAAUCACGACUGGGCAAUUGAGAGGGAUGAUCAGCCCGCUCCGAUUUGUCCUAGGGGGAAUGGCGAAGUACAAACUAAGUGUUCCUGGACUUGAAGAUGUAUUCAUUGUAAGAACCAUGCCUAAUACACCAUUGCUAGUUGGCGAAGGUUGCACUGUUAUUUGCUCGGAGAUAGGAGAACCGAUACCAUCAAAAUAUCUGGAAAUUGUAAAAUGUAUACUCUCAGUGAAUGGACUGUGCGAGGAAGUUGAUGAGAAACUCAUUAAUCCUAUUGGCGCGCUGUCAGGGUCUGGCCCAGCAUACGUUUAUCAGAUGAUAGAAGCGUUGAGUGAUGGAGGUGUAAAGCUGGGAAUACCCAGGCCAUUAGCCAUAAAAUUGGCAGCGAAAACGUUGAUGGGGGGAGCAAAGAUGGUGUUGGAAACCGGCAAGCACCCAGGCCAGCUCAAGGACGAAGUCUGCUCGCCGGGUGGAUCCACCAUUGCUGGCAUAUCAGCUAUGGAAAGACAGGGAGUCAGGUUCGGAUUAAUAUCAGCAAUAGAAGCAGCGUACUUGAGAUCUGCUGAAAUUUCCAAGGAGAACGAGGGAUGAUUAGGAGGUAUCAGACUGAAACAGACCACCAGAUCAGAAGGCCACUCAAUCAAACGAAAAAUGAAAAGUUAUAAAUAUUUUUUAAAAACCAUGGAUGUACCUGAAUUAAGAUGGAAGUGAUGAUUCUGAAGAAGGUCAAUAUUGGCAUUAUUGUGUUGAACUAUUCUUUAGAUAAGCAAUUCUUCAAUAAUUCAUCGUAAACCGUUGUUAUUGAUGUAGAAGGUAAAUAUAUAAUUUGAAUGUAGUUUUGGAGAUAAUUUAUAAAUUCAAUUAAUAUGCUUUUACAAUGAUUAAUUUUAAUAUACCGUAUUUGUUUUAAUAGUUAGAACUUUUAUUAGAAUCAUUAGUAAAAUAUGUGGGAAUUUUUAUCAACUUUCAUCAUUUUCCCAGUGGAAUUGCUUGAAUGGUUUGUAUCCAAUGAGAUUAACAAUAAAAUUUAUAAAUUUUUAGCGUAAA